AUGAUCACCAAUAUUUUAUUAAAUAAAUUAAUUUUUUAUGUACUAUUUUUAUUAAUUAAUUUAAUUUCUUCUACUUCAAUUGCACCAAAUUUUAGAAUUGAUUGUGCUCCUAUACCGGGAGAAAAUAAAUUCAAAUGUUUAGAACGAGGAUGUAUUUGGGAUGAUAAUUAUGAUAAAUAUCAUUCUUCUGUUCCUCUUUGCUAUUUUCCACCAAAGACUGGAUAUCGGAUUCAAAAACGUUUAACCAAAAAUAAAUUAUUAUUAGAAAGAACUAAAGGAGCCAGAAAUCCUUACGGGGAAGAUUUUAAAUUAUUGGAAUUUGAAGUUGAAGAGAUUUCUUCUGCUCUUUAUGUUAAAAUUGGACAUGAUAAACGUUUUAUUCCUCCAAUCGAAUUAAACUUAAAUUCAAAAAUUGAAACAUCAAAAGAAGAUAAAUUAAAUAUUGAAAUAUUCCCUCAAUUUAAACAAAAAUUGAAUGGUCUGAGUGAUUCUGAUGAAUUUUUUUCUUUUAAUAUUGUUAGGAAUAAAACAAAAAUAUGGGAUACUUCUAUCGGGGGCCUUCUUUUUGCUGAUCAGUAUAUUCAAAUAGCUACUUAUUUACCUAGUGAUAGAAUAUAUGGAUUUGGAGAAAGUCCACAUCAGUCAUUAAAACAUGAUUUUUCAAAAUAUACAACUUGGGGAAUGCUUGGUAGAGAUCAACCACCAGAUUAUUACAACCCCAAUUCGGCCAAUUUAUAUGGUGUUCAUCCAUUUUAUAUUGGAUUAGAAUCAAAUGGAAAGGCACACGGAGUUUUAAUUUUAAAUUCAAAUGCACAGGAGAUAACUACGGGACCUGGGCCACACUUAAUUUAUAGAACAAUUGGCGGGAGACUCGACAUUUUAUUUUUGCCAGGACCUACCCCAGAACAGGUUAUCCAACAAUUUCAACAAAUAAUUGGCCGCCCUUGUAUGCCUGCUUAUUGGGCAUUAGGCUAUCAAUUUAGUAGAUUUGGAUAUAAAGGUUUGGAUGAUUUAAAACAAACAAUAAACAGAAUGAUUAAUGCUAAAAUACCUAUUGAUGUUGUUUUUGCUGAUAUUGACUAUAUGGAACGUUAUAAGGAUUUUAGUGUUGAUUCUGAGAAAUGGGUAGCAAUGAAAGAAUAUAUUAAUUAUUUACAUGAUAAAGGGCUCCGAUUUGUUCCAAUUGUUGAUCCAGCAAUACAGGUUAAUUAUGAUGUUUUUGAAAGAGGAAUUAAAAGUGGAGCUAAAUUUGUUGAAUGGGAACGUUUUGAUCAAGUUCAAAAUUCUAUACAGAAAUUAUAUCCUUUAACUAAAUCAACAAAAAUAAUGCUGGGAAUUGUUUGGCCUGAUAAACAUGUUGCUUUUCCUGAUUUUUUCGAUUUUGACAGAGAAGGCAAAACACAAAAAUGGUGGAUUGACGAAAUAAAGAGAUUUCAUGACAUAUUACCUUUUGAUGGUCUUUGGAUUGAUAUGGAUGAACCUUCAAAUUUUGCAACAAAUCAACAAGCAAAAGAAAAAGGCUUAGAAACAUUAAAAUGUCCAAUGAAUGGACCUGAUUCUAAAUAUGAUAAUCCUCCAUAUAAGACAAUAAGUGUUUAUCAAUGGAAAAGUUUUCUUAGUGAAAAAACUCUUUGUAUGCUUGGUAGAACUAGAGGGGGAGAUUAUAAUUUAUAUGAUACGCACAAUUUAUAUGGAUUGGCUGAAACUAUUGUUACUCGAAAAGCUUUGGAAUCAGCAACAGGCAAAAGAGGGGAAUUAAUUUCACGGUCAACAUUUAUCGGUUCUGGUAAAUAUGGAAGUCAUUGGAGUGGGGAUAAUUCUGCUAAAUGGACUGAUCUUCGGGCUUCCAUAAUUAGCGUUAUUGAAUUUAAUAUUUUUGGUGGUUUUUAA